AUGGCUUUCAACGUUCCAGUUACCCAUGAUUCCGGAGCCUCCUGGGAUUGGCCACUUUCCGCUGGCGACGGUGUUGUCAAGGUCCGUGAGGACGACAAGCAUUUCGAGGUUGGACUUGAAGCUCACUUCUUCACUCCAAAAGAGAUUGAUGUGAAAGCGUCUGGAGACUUGCUCGAGAUUCAUUUGGAGCAUAACGCCAAGAACGACCAAUACGGCAAUGUGUCGAGAAGCAUCACCCGCUGCUACAAGCUUCCGGGCAACGUCGACAAGUAUUGCCGUUGCUGUGGCGAUUAUGCGUCGAUGUGCGGAAAAUCAGUGAAAUGGGAGAAAAUCCUCUACCGCGCCCAGCCAUUCCCCGACAAUUAUUCCGGUGGUGAAAAGCAGUUUUUGAAAGAGCUUCGAAAAAAUGUUUCGGUGGUUCGCUACGAUUAUUGGACGGCAGUUCGCGGGAGUCUCGUGUUCGUCUCCCAUCUCGACACCAUUGCCCUCUACUUUGUGCUCUUUUUAGAGACGUUGCACUCGAAUUGGGCUCCGCACAUUCUUACAAUAGUAUUUUCAAUAAUUGUUUUUUGUUAUUUAUUUUACUGCGCGGUUUUGGCGGAACCUGGUCUCCUAUCAAUGGACCACGGCCGCACAAUCACCACGCUUUUCCUAUUCGGGUACUCGUUCACACCAAUUAUUCGAACACUGACAACAACCAUAAGUACUGACACAAUUUACGCGGUUUCUAUAAUUUCAGCGGCUCUCAGCUGCGUUUUCCAUGACUACGGGGUCAAAGCACCAAUCGUUUCUUAUCCGAUAUCGAUGAGUAGCGGAUUGUCGUCAGCGAUUUUUCUGCUGUCCCGUCUUGAUCAUAAUACCCCAGCAUUUUUAUUACUUGUGAUUGCUUUCGUGUUGCAUGCCUAUGAAUCCGAUUUCCGAAAUCGAAUGUUCUUGUUCUACCCAAACGUCUCCAUUGCAAUUUCUCUAUGUCUCGCUGUCGCUUCCGCCAUCUUUAUUAUGGAUUUCUCAGCGAAUCUAGCAAUUUUCUGGACUAUAUUUCAUUUUUUUGUUGUCCUCGUGUGCCCUUACAUUCUAAUGUGUAAACAGUCAACUAAAUGCACUAUUCAUGGUCCCUGGGACGAAGCAGUGCCAUUAAAAUGA